AUGGCUACGGUAGAGGAAUCGCCGUUGAUGGCCGCUGCCAACUGCGAGUUCUUCCAAUGCGUGACACUUGGCUGCACCUCUAAGCCCUUUCCAACAAAAGCCAACCUAAGCCGGCAUAUGACUAAGCCCCGUCGUUCCAAACGUCUUAGUCAGGUUCAGAAUGUGCGACAAGUCACCACAGCCACCACAGCCAACAGAAUCCCAGCCCAGAACGAGCAAUCGGGUUGUGUCACCCCUAACGACCUCUACCAUCAAGCUACUGAUAACGGCACGCGAGAUACUUCCUACGAUAACAACAUCUCCACACCAUUCCUAGACCCGAUGCUGGACACGAUUUACGCGUAUCCAGGCGAAUUUCCAGGCGAUGAUUUGGAUGAUUUCACCUCGGAUGGUCCAAUCACUUGGGACGAAGUAUCCGUGGGUCCCAUUGCUAACCGACGCUGGUACCGAAGCGCCAAUCGUUAA